UCACGUAACACUUCCUCACUGGAGCGGAUUACCGUCACUUCAGCCAUCUGUGUGUCCACUCCAAACCAGCGUUCCCAUAGUCUACCGGCCAUCUCGUUAGCCUUCACUCCCUUGACUUCAGUCACCUGACCGGCGCAAGGUCGGCCCCGUUUAACCUGACCCGGGUCAUUUUGUAUGGACAAGUGACAGUGGACGGUCAUCUACUCAUGGAUAGUGCUACCUGCUGUCUGGUGUCGGCUCUGAUCGUCUUCUUGGGAAUAUUAUGCUUAAUAGAAUGCAAAACAGAGAUACGUACGGAGUCCAUCUGCUACAACACAAGCCCCUGCACUGACAAGUACCACACACUGAUGUGUGAAUCCAAAAAGAGGAUCGCUGUCCACCAUGCUGUUUACGGCUUCAAGUCGUCCGACCAGUGCCCUACCGUCACCGACUGCAACAACAGCACCGACACCUCCUGCUGCGACACCGACGAAGCGGGCGACUGUCAGAUGGCGUUCCACCAGGAGGGCAUAGACCAGAUCGUUGAGGACUGCUAUGGGCAAUCGCGAUGCUCCUUCCCCAGUCCAAAGACAUCAGGGUCGUGUUCUGAUUCUACAGUUAAAGUGUCAAGCUACUCCAAACUAUAUUACAGGUGUAUUGCAGAAUCAACAAUUGCCGAUUUUUGUUCCGUGGAGACGGUACGAGGUGAGUCCACGUUCUCAGUGUACGAUCCCAGGGGGUCCAACUUCAAAUCGGGCACCUGUUCAUGCACAGUGGACUCUGCCAACCCCAGUGUCAAGGCCAACAUUCAGGUAUACGGAGUGUACAUGCGCCUGAACGGCACCGCUAAAGCAAACCAGUGUUCUAAACUGACCAUCUACGACAGAGACACUGCAUACGUGUUCGGCUGCGACAACGACAAGAAAGUUGAACAGGAGGAAGAACAACAGGAACAGUCCCUCCUCAACACGACAACGCCGGUGACGGUCCGUCUGGCUCUAAGUCCAACCAGUCCACCUAGAUAUGUGUGGAUAGGAUUUGAAGCCAAUGAUGCCGCCAACCUGGUAUUGAGGUGCCACGCUGACGAGGGAAACAUUGCAGGGGUGUUCAACAAACUCGUGGGGGACGCUGACGGCAUAGACCCUGACUUCGUCGCCGCCAUUCUGUUCGGAGUCCUUAUAAUGGUUGUCGUUCUGUCGGUAACAUUGGCAGGGUUUCCGUGGUAUAUGAGGAAACUUGCAGCGGAAAUGGAUUCACAGAAACAGAAUGGGGUUAUAGCAAACGGGGAAUCAGCACCCAAGACUCGCCGUAGUUCCAGGGACCCCAAGAUAUAUGUUGAGAUGGAGGAGGCAAUGAACGGAGCUCCAGUGGGUAACAGCAUCCCCAUGGAAACACGGACACCAUACUAUUCUGAUGCUUACGAGUCCAAACAGAAGGAGAAAAGAAAGAAGAGUGAACCCAAAGUUGUUCCAGCGCCGCAAGUCCCCAAACCUUUUGAGCUGCAAGAGGUAUCCGAAGAAAAUACCUGCUAUCUAGGAAUGGAUAGUCCAACGGGAAGGCAAAGCUACCUAGGUUCUGAGACCCAGGAAUCAACCGGAUCUGACGGGGUGUCAAUGAUCUACUCCGAGCCAUAUGCAAUGAUGUCCUCAUGUUCCAGCUUCAAGGAGGACAACUAUACCUGUCCUUCGCUUACUUCAACUCUCACUCUGAGGUCCAAUAAGGUCGACCAAACAGAAAAUAAUUACGAGGCUGCGUUCGGGGAUGAGGACAAGGACAAUUUAAAACGACCCGAGGACAGGGUGGUGGACGGUUCCUCAGUGGUUGAAAAUGAGGACGAGUACCUGCUUCCCGUCACACCGGAUAUUGGUAAAGAUAGAAGGGCGUCUGUGCAGUCACUGGAAUAUGCGUGCAUCCCUACCAAGGACAAUUCUCCAGGCAAAGAUGGUGGACGAAGGAGGUCAUUGUCCUACUUUGUGAAUCAGGCUUUUGAUGUGACAGACAGGCCGCCUCUUCCUCCUCCAAUGAUUGGCCGAGAGCCUCUAGCAGACAGAAAGCCAUUGGUUGAAGUCGAUGAAGGUCCAUUGGCACCUGCUGAAAGUGAAUUUGCGAAUAGUGAAUAUUUCAUGGAUCAAUGAUAGUUUGUUUUACGAUAGAAAACAACCACAACAUGUGCCUUGCAGUACAAAGAACAAGAAGCUGUGUAUCCCCCACGCCAGUGUUCAUCAUUGUGGCAUAGAUGCAGCGCGUCCUGCAUUCCCUUGUUUGGUUUCAUGAGCAUGGCUAUGGCAUGGACAUGGGAUAACAUAUGGAACAUGAAGUGAUAAAACAUGACAGUUGAUGCCACAGCAAAUGGACAUAUUGAUUGGAUUUACGAGUCGUUUUCCAUAGUUGCGAUGUCCUCAAGUUCACAUUUAGAAGCCAACUCAUCGCAAUAGAAGUCACGUGUAUUCAACUUAAAGACAAUAAGCCAUUUCAGUGACACCCUAACACUCUUCUAAGGGAUACUGACGAUCUAAUCGCGUUGCAGGGGAUAUGUUUGAUCACGUAAUCACGAACUGAGUGACGUUGAGAUGACUUCAGCAAAUGACUAAGACUGGACUAUUGUCUCACGAAUUGUAUAAUACAUACAUCGUAUCAUACGUUGUCUUUUGUACAUUCAUUCUCUUACAUACAUGAUGAUAAAUAUAUGUAUUUACCUUUUGGAUGUACAUAAUUUUACCUUUGAAUGAGAGACACAUUUUUGUAUGAAGAAAGACAUUAUUUAUGUACAUAUAUAUGUAAAUAAAACUAAAUAUCUAUUCA